CUUGCGAUUUUUUACUUUCCCAAAUUCCACCGUCGAUCAGAGGGAAGACUUUUCGGAAGAAGUAGAACUCAUCAACUCAACUUCACUAUACUGACUGAAGAAUGAAGAUCAUGAUUUCCCGGGAUUAUAUUUCCACCUUCUUCCUCGUAGCCGCCGCGAUCUGCUCCUCUCUCCAGGUUAAUGCUGAUCCAUCACUCUCCAAGUCCCCCUUCUCCGUUGCUCUCGAUACCCUUCAAGCUCAAAUCAACUAUACAUUUGAGAAUGUUGGGUUGCUUCGACGUGCUAUGACGCAUUCCUCGUACUCAGAGGAGAAUAACAAAGCUCUGAGCAUCCUGGGAGAGAAAGUGAUCGAGAUAUCGGUGUCAAUGCUGUUGCUAGUACACAACAUUGACACUUCCUCCAGCGACCUCAACGAUAAAAUUUCCGAAGCGUCAAAGGUGGAGACUUCAUGUGCAGGAGAUGGAAUGCGGUUGAAUUUGCAGAAUAUAGUUAGAGUUUCGUCCAAUACCAAUUCCACAACUCCUUCAGUGGUGUGUGGAGCUUUCCGGGCAAUUCUUGGGGCAGUUUGUUUGGACACAGAGAGUACAGACAGUGCUGGGAAGUUGUUUCUGAAAAUUCAUGUUUGGGAAGCUUUGGCAAUAUAAUGUAACAUCUUGCUGCUAAUAAUGUUCAAAUGCAUGCUACGUAUUGGAAUCUUGAAUUGACCUACUUACUUAUCCUGUAUUAUAUUAUGAACCUACCUGGAGUCCAUAUAUAUAUGUGUGUGUAAUAUGUUGGCUAGCUGUUUCAAUCUAAUGUUAAUGCUUUGUUAUGGAUAAAA